AUGGAUAUGCCAUUUCUGAAACUGCUAUCCCAUUUUCUGCUUCUCACCUUCUUGAAUUUCGCUUCCACUUCUGAAGCAGACAUCCCUAUUUACAUUGACCACAACUGCACAACGAAUAAAAACUUCACUUCCAAUAGCCCUUACCAGUACAACCUUAACACUCUUUUAAUUUCCUUCUAUUCUAUGGCCGACGGCACUAACACCACUCCUGAAUUCAACACCACUAGCUUUGGCGGCACAAACACGAACGACGCCGUAUAUGGAGCGUACAUGUGCCGAGGUGACGUCCCCACUCAGAUCUGUCGAGAUUGCGUUCAGGACGCCACAAAUAGAAUAGCCUCGGAGUGUCCCUGCGAGAAAGAGGCAAUCAUCUGGUACUUCGAGUGCUUCCUCCGCUAUUCCGACCGCUCUUUCUUCUCCACCCUCCAACAACAGCCUGUCAGGUGGAGAUCAUACUUGUACCCAAUUUUAAGUUGGUUUUGA